AUGGGGAAAAAAACAAUAGCAUCUGCUGCCAAAAGUAAAGAGAAGAGACAGGCAAGAAAAUUGGAACAACGGCGAAUAGCAGAUGGAAUGAAUAAUGUGACUUCAGCAAACAAAUUAACAGAUUUGACAGCACUUUGUAAAGAGUUAUUGGUGUUUCGCAAUAAUGAGAUGGAAGUGGAGAUGUAUAUACAAAGAGUAACUGAACUUGACAAAAAUGUGUUGGACUGGGCUAUCAAUUUAACAGAAAAGAAUAUGAAGAAACUAUAUGAAACAUGUGCAUGGGGCUGGAACCGUGAUCGUAAAGUAGAGGAAAUGACAGAUGAUGCAGCUUGGUACCUUAUCGCGAGGGAAAAAAAGGACAAACUAUUAGCAUUUGCACAUUUCAGAUUCGAUAUGGACUUUGGUGAACCAGUUUUAUAUUGG